AUGGGUUGUGUGGGAGCUAUCGCUUGGUUUACUGAGUUCAACUUCUUCGAGAAACGGACCCAACUCCGGGAGAGUAUGACGACCCAGUGGAAGUAUCCCGCGAUGUUAUGGCACAAGUCAUACAGCGACUCGAAUGGAUACGCAGGUAGUGCACGCCAUGAGGAGACAAUAGUAGCUGACACAUCUUGGUUCCACCUCCUGAUCAAGCAGCUGAAGAAGGGGAUGCCAACCAAGACAUGGUACUACUAUGUCUACGAAUGGUAUGAGAUGAGCUUCUACAUCUACGCUGUUCCACAUGGCGCGACAGUGACCUUCUGCAUGGAUACACCGCUUCAAUUCGGAAAAGAUUUGGUACACACACUGAAUGCGAGAAAUCAGCCGAUGCCUAAAAAUAAGCUUGCAUUUUUCCAAAGUGCCAUUUUGGGGGAAUUGUUGAAGAUGUACGACCACUCCGUCUGGACGAUUCGCGAUGUCGAACGAGAUCUUUCCGGUGCUACCCGACAGAAACACUUGGACUUUGCUCAAAUGCAUGACCUUGCCCGACACAUAAUACACACCUGUGAGAUCAUUGCCGUGGCAUGUGACAGCAUUACAGAACUCCUUGCUGGGCAUGGGGUAGACAACGGCGGUCGUUGCAAGUGUCUGCUUGGUGCUACCGACACCAUCAGGGCGGCUUGUCCGCACAACGAGAUCGCGUUCACGUUGGGAUUGUUGCGCAACCUUGGCCGCCGUGCGGAAGCAUUGAGUGCAAGGUUGAAGAACGAGAUAAACUUGGGUUUCAACCUCGUCGUCCAGCACGACAGUGCAUCCAUGAAAACCAUCGCAGUGGUCACUCUUGCCUUUUUACCUGCGACUUUUGUUUCCACCAUUUUCAGCAUGAGCUUCUUUUCACUGUCUUUCGAUGAUGUUACUGGCAAGCAGGAAUGGAACGUCUCCAACAGCUUUUGGAUUUACUGGGUCCUAGCUGUCCCUCUGACCAUUCUGACGUUGCUUUGCUGGACGUACGGACAACGGACGGAAGGCUUCCGACUGAUGCCCACGUUUCGUUCGAAGUAUCUAAAACCGUGA